AUGUUGAAAAGACCUCGCUCGAGUUGGGUAUUGAGAAGACAUGGCUCGAGGGUGGUGGAAUGGCUGCCACACGAUGUGGUGGAGAUGAUCCUCGAGAGACUUCCCGUGGAGUCUCUGCUGAGGUCCAGGUCUGUAUCUAAGAAGUGGAAAUCGACAAUUGAUUCCCGACGUUUCAAAGAAAGACAAUUAAUGUGUCGUAGGUCAUCACGAGGUCCAGAUGUCCUUUGCGUGUACCUCACUUAUCAUGGUGAUGAUGGUCUGGACACAGAUGCUCAAAGGAUUGAGAUUGGAUCAUCAAUAGCUUCUACGAUCAGGUUCCCUACUCCCCCCAGACUGUACUGCCAUGGUAGUUGUGACGGGCUUUUAUGCUUCUACUAUGUCUACGAACCGAAUGUCAGUGUCGUGGUGAAUCCUGUCACUAGAUGGCAUCAAAGUUUUCCUCUUUCAAGCUUUCAACACCUCCUCAUCGACAAGUUAAAGAAGGGAGAGCUUGGCUACGGAAUUGCCCAGCUUGGAUUCGGCAAAGACAAAGUCAGGGGCACGUACAAGCCGGUUUGGUUGUAUAAUUCAUCCCCAUUUGGCCUAGACAACGCUACUACUUGUGAAGUCUUUGAUUUUAGCACCAAUGCUUGGAGGUACGUUGUCCCUGCUUCUCCUUUUCAGAUUCCUGGUAACCAUAAACCCGUGUAUUUAGAUGGGUCACUUUAUUGGUUCACCCACUGUGAAGAAACCAAGUUAUUAUCUUUCGAUCUUCAUACCGAGACUUUUCAAGUCAUCUGUAAAGCUCCCUUUGCCCAUAAGUGUGACACUCUCCAGCUCACCAUGUGCAUACUCGAUAACCGCUUGUGCGUGUCCCAGAAAAACUGGCCCAACCAAGUGAUAUGGUCGUUCGAUUCUUGUGGAGGCAGCAAGACAUGGAAGAAAAUGUGUUCCAUAGAUCUCACCAAAACUUUUUCUUGGUUUGGGGAAACCAACUGGCCGCUGCUACCUAUAGCAGUUCUGGACAAGAAUAAGUUAUUGCUUCAAGGUCAUGAUUAUGUUAAUACUUUGGUGAUACAUGACCUCCAUACCAAAUCUUAUGAUCUACUCUUCAAACCUACCAAAUGCUUAGCUGCCGUUUAUUAUUUCCAAAGUUUAUUAUCUGUUUUACCACAUUAA